UGUGUGUGUGUGUUAAGCGUCGGGGCUGCUGAUGGCAGAAUAAAGUCCUCGGAACGCUUCCGUCGAUGUGUUCCGUCUGAUCCGGUCUCAGCAGAAGAUAAACCAGUUUACCGAAGUCGGGACUCGGGAUUCAGAGUUAAAUCAAAGUUGUUGGGCUUGGAGAUCCGGACGGUAACGGGCACUGUUUACACUCGGAACCGGAAUCGGGUUUGGGUCUUAAGUUUCCCAUCUUGAAUUGUGGGUUUUUUCCCGUCUUUUUUUUUUCUUCCUCCCGCGGCUCCGUCUGUUUUAUACCCGGAGACGACAGCUCCGGCCCGGGCUUGGCUGCGCUGCGGCGCCCGGCGGGGGGAGCGAGGCCGCCAUGUUGGCUGCUGCUGCUGCGGCUGCGCUCGUCAGCCUGCUUCUCGUCCGAGAAUCCUCUGUUCACGCCGGGUCCCUGCACUUCACCAAGGAGCCCAAAUCCCAGGAUGCCUUGCAUGGGCGGAGCGCCAUGCUGCGCUGCGAGGUCAGUCAGUCAGAAGGUGUCGUCUACAGCUGGCUUCAGAACGGCCAACCAGUGAGUGACUCGGAGCGGCGCUUCCAGAAAGGGGCCAGUCUGAAGUUCUCAUCCGUAGAUCGCCUCCUGGAUGCCGGAACCUUCCAGUGCGUGGCGUCCCUAAGCAGUAGCGGGGAAGAGGCGAGGUCCACCAACGCAUCCUUCAACAUCAAAUGGCUGGAGAGCAGAGCUGUCGCUCUGAUCGAGCCGCAGUUAGAAGAGGAAAUUCAGAGCUCCGUCUCUGUUACUCUGAGGUGUGACAUCGAUGGCCACCCCAGGCCGACGUGUCAGUGGUUCAGAGACGGCGUGCACCUCCAGGAGGAAACUCAACUGAUCAACAAUAAGGAGCGCACGCUGACGCUGCCUGCCGUUGGUCUCCAAGACAACGGAGUUUACUACUGCUGCGCUAGCAACGCCGCCGGCCACACCUGCAGCAACGCCAACUUCAGCCUGCAUAUAAUCGAUGAGAGCACCCCUCGGCCGGUGGUGGUCCCAGAGAGCUUGGUGGUCUUCAGGAACCAGGCCGCUCUGCUCAACUGCCUCUUCACUGCUCAGCCUCCACCCAAACUCAGCUGGUACCAUGAAGAUGAACCGGUCACAAACAAGUCACGGCUGUUCCUGCUGAGUAACGGCUCCCUGCUGAUCAGCCAGGUCAAACCCAGAAAUACCGGCCUGUAUAAAUGUGUCGCAACCGCGGAGAGAGGAGCGCCUGUUAGCGUGGAGGCAACGGUCAGGAUAGCAGAGUUGGAGGACUUUGGGCUCGCCUACCCGAGGGUCUUUGAGCCCAACACCCUACAGAGCAUUACUUGCAGUCCCCCGCGGGCGUUCCCGCCGCCCCGGGUUUGGUGGGAACAUGGGGGGGAGCGGGUUCCGGCAGAGUCAAACCAGAGUCGGGUCUACCACGAUGAUCUGAACCUGGUGUUUAAUCCCAUCCUGAAAGACGACGCUGGCUCCUACACCUGUGUGGUCCAGAACUUGGCCGGGACCAGGAAGCAGGAGAUAGCUGUCAUGGUGGCUUCUCCUCCAGAGUGGCUAAAGGGGCCGGAGGACAGCCAACUGGAAGAGGGUCAGCCCGGCUUCCUGCACUGCCACGCCCAGGCCACGCCCCCGCCCACGGUCACAUGGUACCGCAACGCACUAGCCAUCAACCAAGAGGAUGUGCGUUAUAAGCUUUUUCCUAACGGGACACUGCGGAUCAACAGCGUAGAGGUCUUCGACCGCCACGUCUACGUUUGUCAAAGCCAGAAUGCCGCCGGGCGACUGGAAGGCCAUGCCAGAGUCUACGUACUGGAGAAGUUGAAGUUCACCCCAACCCCUCAGCCCUCCCAGUGUCUGGAGCUGGAUAAAGAGGCGGUGGUCCAGUGCUCUGCCACGGGCCGCUUGACUCCCAGCAUCCACUGGAGCAGAGCAGAUGGCAGUGAGCUCCCACACCAUGUGAUCCAGAUAGGAAGUGGGCUUCGCUUCACCAAGGUCAUGCGGGCUGACACUGGCAGCUAUACCUGUCAUGCCUCGAACAGCCUGCAGGGGGAGAUUUCUGCCUCUGUCCAGCUCACUGUAGCAGUCUACAUCACCUUCAGACUGGAGCCAGAGAACACCACGGUGUACCGGGGACACACGGCCGUCCUGCACUGCCAGGCCACCGGAGACCCGCCGCCCUUCAUCCAGUGGAAAAAGAAAGACAAGUUUCUAGAGCCACACAAUAGCAGGUUUCAGAAGCUAGCCAACGGCUCUCUGCUGAUCUCUGAUGUCGCCAUGGAAGACACAGGAAGUUACACCUGCAUCGCCGGGAACAACUGCAACAUCGGCCACACCACAGCUCAGCUGUAUGUCGUAGAGCGACCUGUCCACUUCCUGGAGGACGAAGAGAAGACGCCCUAUAGGAUGAUCCAGACGGUUGGCCUGUCGGUGGGUGCGGCGGUGGCCUACAUCAUCAUCGUGCUGGGCCUCAUGUUGUACUGUAAGAGGAGAAGACAGGCCAAGAGGCAGGGCAAGGAGGAGGAAGGAGAGACACAACAGCUCAACGGCCAGGCCCCAGCAGACCCCCAGGUGGAGGUGGCCCUCAGCAGUUUGGCUCCCACAGCAGAUGCUGGCACCUCCAGCCAGCGCCAUGGCAACCAUGACCCAGUGACCCUCCCCCGAUCGAACCUCACCCCGCUCCAAACACUUGGGAGGGGGGAGUUUGGGGAGGUCUUCCUGGCCAAAGCAAAGGGUCUGGCCGGCAGCGGAGGAAAAGGAGGAGGCGAGGAGGAGGUGUUGGUUCUGGCGAAGGCUCUACAGUCCAGAGAGGAGGUGGCCCAGCAGGAGUUCUGCAGACAGGUGGACAUGUUCUCCAAGGUGGACCACCAGAACCUGACCCGCCUGCUGGCCGUCUGCACUGACACAGAACCACACUACCUGCUCCUGGAAUAUGGCCACCAGAAGGGCGACCUGAAACAGUACCUGAAGAUGACCAGGACCAAAGAGGAGAAACCUGAGAAGACCCAUAACCUGAGCACCAAGCAGAAAGUGGGGGUGUGUCUUCAGAUUGCCAGGGCGAUGGAGCAUCUGUCAAACCAGCGCUUCGUGCAUCGGGACUUGGCGGCGAGGAACUGUGUGGUGAGCAGCAGAAGACACGUCAGGGUGUCCUGUCUGGGCCUGAGCAAGGACGUCUACAGCAGUGAGUACCACCAGGUUCGUCAGGCGUUGCUUCCUGUGCGCUGGCUGCCCAGCGAGGCGGUGUUCGAGGACGACUUCUCCACCAAGACGGACGUCUGGUCGUACGGGGUGCUGAUGUGGGAGGUCUUCACCCAGGGAGAGCUGCCCCACUCGGGCAUGGAUUACACUCAGCUGAUGGAGGCGCUGAAGGAGGGCUCUCUGAAGUUGCCCCUCCCUCCAGGCUGUCCGUCCAGGGUCUAUAAGCUGAUGUGUCAAUGCUGGUCUCUCAGCCCUAAAGACCGGCCUGGCUUCACUGAGGUCCUCACUGCACUCAGCAACCUGCCUUCAGACACUAAGGUGUGACCCCCCCCCAGCAACCUGCCUUCAAACACUAGGGUUUGAUCGACCCCCCACCAACAUGCCUUCAGACACUAAGGUGUAACCCCCCCCCCCAGCAACCUGCCUUCAAACACUAGGGUUUGAUCGA